AUGGGUUCUCCAUUACCUACCCCGACAAACAGUUAUGAUCUAGAUUUACCUGAUAUCUAUAGAAAAACAUGUUCGGGGCAUUUGCUACCGGAACUACCAAGAAUUUUGAUAUUCGCCACUGCCCAAAACCUUAGAUUGAUGGCGGAAAGCAGUCACUGGUAUGCAGAUGGCACGUUUAAGACAACACCCUUAAUUUUUUACCAACUUUGGACCCUCCAUGUCCUAUAUAAUAAAACAGUUAUACCCACAAUUUUUGCGCUAUUACCGAAUAAAACCAAGAUUACAUACAUAAGGGUCUUGGAUGAGAUAAAAAGAUUACAAAACAAUGUAAAUCCUAUAUCGGUAAUGAUCGAUUUUGAGCAGGAUGAAAUAAAUGCCUUUACACAUUCAUUUCCAUCGAUAACAGUAAGAGGCUGUUUUUUUCAUAUGACUCAAUCAAUUUGGAGGCACAUCCAAAGUGAUAGCGAAUUAUUAUCUCAUUAUUUAGAUAGAGAUGCGGGAAGUGAUUGGUCUAUAAAAAUUAGACAAAUGGUGUCACUUGCAUUUGUUCCCGUGGAGGACGUGUUUGAUGCCUUUUAUGGGCUAUUACACACACAAUUCUAUCAAGACAAUGAAAGUGUCUUGGACAAACUUAUAACAUAUUACGAAGCCACCUGGAUUGGCAAGAUUCUUCGUAAUGGAGUUAUAAUGUGGUAA